UCGAACAGUUCAGCACCGGCAUGGCUGUGACUGAAGUACUUCUUUUCGCUGCAAUCAUUUUGACAAUCCUAUCUCUAUUAGUCAAGCAUCGGUACGGUUUUUGGCAGCGCCAUGGUGCCCCAUAUCUGCAACCCGAAUUCCCGUUCGGCAAUUUCAAGGAAAUGGGUAAAACCAUACACCCGGCUUUCCUAACGCAACGGAUCUACAACCAAUUCAAGCGCAAGGGACCAUUUGUUGGAUUGUACAUAUUCCUGAAUCCGGUAAUGCUGGUGACCGACUUGCACUUGGCCAAGAAAAUCCUGAUCAAGGACUUCAACUGCUUCCCGAACCGUGGUGUGUAUUUCAACGAGAAGGACGACCCCCUUUCGUCGCACCUGUUUUCGUUGGAGGGUAGCAGAUGGAGAGAUUUGCGAGCCAAAAUCACACCCACGUUCAGCACUGGACGGAUCCGGAUGGCAUUCCCGGCGGUGCUGGAAGUUGCGGGUAGGUUCAUUGAUUACCUGGAAGUGAAUUGUGUCGGGUUGGAUGCGACCGAAAUUCGGGAUUCGAUGGCACGCUUUACGACCGAUGUGAUUGGAAGAUGUGCGUUCGGGUUGGAGUGCAAUAGUUUCCGCGAUCCGGAAAAUGAGUUCCGGAGGAUUGGUAGGAAGCAUUUUGAUACUCCGAGGAAUCAUCCAUUGAAGGUGUUUAUCAUGAAGACGUUCCGAGGUUUGGCGAACUCUAUGGGGAUGAAGCAGAUUCAUGAUGAUGUGUCGGAAUUUUUCAGUGGAGUUGUUAGAGAAACGAUCGAGCACAGAGAGAGGGAGGGCGUUUCCAGGGGUGAUUUUCUGGAUUUAUUAAUCAAGUUGAAGAAUACGGGAAGGUUGGAAGAUUCCGGCGAAGAUAUUGGACAGUUGACCUUCGACGAAAUUGCCGCUCAGGCAUUCAUAUUCUUCACAGCUGGGUUCGAGACCACUUCGAGUACAUUAACGUAUACGCUUUACGAGCUGGCGAGAAACCAAGCUAUUCAGGAGGUAGCCAGAGAGGAUGUUGAAAAAGUUUUGAAGAAGUUUGAUGGAUCCUACAGCUAUGAAUGCUUUCAAAGUAUGACCUAUCUCGAUCAGUGUAUUAACGAAACUCUUCGCAAAUACCCUCCGGUUGUGAACUUGGAACGGGUGGUAGACAGAGACUACAUGCUCGAAGAAUCCGGAAUCAUUCUACCUCAGGGGAUGAAGAUCAUGAUUCCGGCCUACGCCAUCCAUCAUGACCCUGAUGUCUAUGCGAAUCCAAGCCAAUAUGACCCGGAUCGAUUUUGUCCGGAGCAAGCUGGCAACAGAGAUCCCUGUUCGUUCCUGCCGUUUGGAGAAGGACCUAGAAUAUGCAUCGGUUUGCGUUUCGGAAUGCUACAGGCUCGAGUGGGACUUGCAAUGAUCUUGAAGAACUUUCGAAUACUGCCGUGCAGCAAGACUGAGGAUCCCAUCAUCUUCUCUAAACGCGCAUUUGUUCUCACUCCGAUCAACGGGAUGUGGCUCAAGUUAGAGAAAUUGCACUGAUACUGUUUUAAGCUAAGUUUUUAUUAG